UUGAGUGGAAAUUAUAAUGCGCUCAGCUAGGCCAGUCGUGAUGUAGAUUUUUUUGGUGUGGGUGUUUUGUCUCGCGAUGUCAAACGCUUCAAUGAUCAUUAUUUUUAAGUGGAUGUGGUAGAUCUAAAAAUCAGUGCAAAACGUUGAUAAACUGAACAAUUCUAGUUCUGAUAAAGUGUUGGUGGAUAUUGUAUAUCAUAACGAAGUGAACAAUAGAGUGCAGUGAAGGCAGAUAAUAAAUUGGUGGGGGGCUGUUAAAAUACUACGUUAAGAUAGUAACAACGUUUUACUACUCGUGAGGUGUUCGCUCAUAAAAUUUCUCAUCUCGCUGCGAGUGCGAUCCGGACUACCAUUUUGUUUUAUUAUGUGGUUUGGUUGUUUACGUGCAUCGUGUUCCUGGGAAUGGCAAAGGACGGCGCAAUGAGUGAGCCGUGGUAGCGGCGGUGAUGCAGCGCGCUCAAACGAGCGGCGCGGGCACGCAGCCGCCCAGCUCCACGCGGCAUUAUCGCGCGCACUCGCAUUACCCUGAUAUAGACGAUCAGAUCCCAGCAUCGGUGAUUAGUAGUGUGGGAACAGUGAGUUUGUCACAAUCAAGUACCAAUCCAACCCCAAAUAUAACAAUGGCUAAUCCGACUACACCUAAUACCAACGGUGGUCAACCUGCUCAACAAACUCCAACGCAGGCACCGAUCCGCAAUUUGCCGAAGAAACGGAAAUUGGCGCCAUCUGAACUAGAGGAGAUAGAAAGGAAUUGUAUGAACAGCCUCACUGAAAGAAAUCUAAAUGUCCAAGUUUCAGCUCCGUCAGUUGAAUACACGCCCACGUAUCAGUCUAUUCUCCAACCUUCGCCGAUCGUGCGAUCGUCACCGAUAAAACAAACAGAAUACAUCUCUUAUCCAAACAUAGACUUAUCUGAGUGGCGGGAUCACAGAGUCUUAGCGAAACAGCGCGGAAUUUACACGCCGGGGGUCAUUCGACAGGCAGAGGGUUGUAAAGUGAUAGUGGAAUUGGAUGGACAGGAAAAUGAAGCGAUUGAAUAUGGUAAUGUGUUUGGUGCAAAUAAGUAUGACGUUAUCAGUGAUGCGAGUCCCCAAUUGAGUCAUAUAUCUAUUGGGUCUUCGUGUGUCGUUAGGACUGAUGCUAGUCGGGACAGUGUUCAAAACGUGUUUGUAGAAGGUUACGUGUUCGAAAUACAUAAUUCGCCUAUCAGGAUUCGAGUACAGGUCAUUGACGGUGAAGGUAUAAAGGACACGGUUGAAGUGAAAAGAGCUGAUAUCCGUCUACUGCAGCCUCCCUGGGCUGACGAGUUAGAAGAUGCUGGUUCGCACGCGGCCAUGAUGCCCCAGCAUUUGCGGAUACAUCCCGUUUCUACCUGUGUACCGUACUCCAUGGGCGGUGGGGAGUUUGUGACGUCAUCGCCUUUAGCUGGUGCAGGGCAAGUUGUGACAGUUGGUGCCCUCUCAAAUGGUUCCAGGCCAUUUGAUGAUUAUGGAGAAAGUGAUGAUGACCUGCCAAGGGAGGAUAUCAUGUUUCCUACUGAUGCCUCGCAUAUGGAUUGCAGCAAUAGUAAACGCAGCAGUCUCCAAAGCCGAGGAAGUACAUCGAGUCUCAUAGAAGGGAGUCUUACUCCGCGAUCUCAACCGCCUACACCCAGAUCUCAAGCAGCAACGCCACAUAAGUACAAAAAGGGCGAUGUUGUAUCCACACCCACUGGUAUUCGUAAGAAGUUUAACGGGAAGCAGUGGAGGCGGCUUUGUUCAAAGGACGGCUGCACAAAGGAGAGUCAGCGCCGCGGCUUUUGUUCCCGCCAUCUAUCGUUGCGAGGUGUACCUAGGUCCUCCAAUACACCGCUUGCGCAGGGAGCAACACAUACGCCCCAACAGAGAAGCAGCAGUAAAUCAUUGUCGUCAAGUGGUACGGGGAUCGAAGGGGAUGAAACUUCUCGUGAGUCAGACACAACUCCACCUAACUAUCGCGUUGCGGGGCGCUUUGACCCCGACGAAACCGAGGCUGCUAAUAUGCUGGUUUCCCUGGGCAGCUCUCGCUCCGGCAGUCCGGGAGCGUCCCCAGUAGGCGAUAACGUUUUUGUCCCCAUUUCCUCACCACAACCGCCUGCAGCGCCGCCACACCAUCUUAUAAGGCCCGAGUUGGUGCGACCAGGCAGAAUGAGUUCGCCAGCCUGUAUUGCUACUAGUGUUAUCAGACUAUCUCCAGCCCCUACUUACCAUUAUCAAUAUCAGGAGCGGAACGGCCCAAUCCAAUCCACCCAAUCCAAUAUAAUAAGUAUACAGUCAUCCGGGAUCAAUAUACCCAGCAGUAUACAGUCAAACUUCACACCGCCCCUGAAUUCGACCCCGAACCACUCCAUUUCCAUUAGUAUGAACCAAAGUUUGUCAAAUAUAAGAAAAGAUGAACCACACAAUUUGGUCUUGCAAAGAAGUAUUCCGGCAAAUGGCAUGGAUAUUGACAUGUAUCGGGGUCAACAUUUGAGGAAUGGAUUGCAUGAUAUUCAGUAUCGACGCGAAGAGAUGACGUCACCGGGUAACCAUGAAAAUUUUCAGAAUAGACGAGUCUCGGAGUAUGACGACGACGACCACUCCGUCCCACAAACGGAUGGUCACCGUGCUGACCCACGUCCCAUAGAACUCUCCGAGGCUCGAAUGGACGAGAAGAGAAUUGUCAAACCGGCCCCUUUACAGGCGCGUCUCGUGUCCCUUUUGGACACAGAUUCAAGGGAUUCGGUCAAACGUUACUACGUGAUACCACAGAAUAGUAUCGAAAAGAAAAUCGUGCUGAUUAAGAACGAGCCGACGGAAACUAUGCAAAUAGAUCACAAAGCGCAUCAGCUAGCAAUGCCGCUUAACGAGCCCGAGUCCGAACCAAGGGGACUAGACAAUGGCGACCAUGUAAAUAAUGUGAAUAGUAGUGCAGUUAUCGUCCACCCCAGUCAGCUGUUACCCGUAUUACCAGCACCUAACCCUCACACAGCUAUCAUUGUAUCCACAAGCGGCGUCAAUGGCAGCGUGUUUCCCUGGCAGUCCCUAGUGCCCUUACUGCGUGCGGCGUCUCCUCCCGCCGCGGCGCCCGCUCAACCCCCUUCGCCUCGUACACCCCGCACCCCGCAUACACCCCAUACCCCACAUACACCGCACACGCCGCAUAUUAAGAGUGAGGAAAUCAAGGCAGAGAGUAACGUUACAGAUACCGUAACAUCGAUGUGUACAGACGAAGAUGAUGAAGUAUUUGAAUGUGAAGACAAUACUCCGAAUUGUGGUGAUAAUACUAACAAUCGUCGAACGCAGAGCCUUUCCUCUCUCAGUCAGCCUGGAGGGCCAGAAAAGAAAGAACGUCGCAUCCGCCGUCCAAUGAACGCGUUUAUGAUAUUCUCUAAACGGCAUCGACAGGUGGUCCAUCAAUUACAUCCCAAUCAGGACAAUCGUACUGUUAGCAAGAUUUUGGGAGAAUGGUGGUAUGCCCUCAAACCUGAUGAGAAACAGAAGUAUAAUGAACUCGCUAGUGAGGUUAAGGAAGCACAUUUCAAAGCACACCCUGAAUGGAAGUGGUGUAACAAAGAUCGUCGUAAAUCUUCAAGCAGCAGGGAUCCCACGGGUUCUAUGCCACAGAGUCCUCGAACGCCGUCUGAUGUAAUGACCAGCGGUUUGCCGACUAGUGGACCUGAAAUUACUAUGAAUACUAACUCAUACACUCACAUCGCUUCGCCUCAACUUAGCGACGAUGAACCUAUGGUAACCCAGACUAUAGAAGAGCCUCCACCAGCCGGAGGAAAUGAGAUGGACCUGAAGUGCGGAGAGAAAGUCAACGAUUCAGACUCUGAGGGCAUCGAGGCGAGAGAAUAUUUGACGCAUCAUGACCACACAAGGCGGCCUAAGGCCAUCAAGGCUAGAGCUGGAUCAUCUGAUAAUCUACUGGGUAUAACAGCUUCGAGUCCUGGCGGGUCCAAGGUAUUUCAGCCCACGGGAGGUGCAUUUAAGUCUACACAUGCUGAUAGUGGAGAUAACCACAGACAAUGGACAGCAUUCACAGCCGUAAAAUCCACUCUACCAGUGCCAAGUUCGCCUCACACAAGCACACAGAACAUCACUAACAGUGUUCAAGGGAUUUCUCUAAACACACCCAAUAUAUCGACACAAACAGCACUAGAUAACGCAAUUGCGUCGAUAAUAAACAGUCCAUCGGCCAGUAGUGGUGUGCAAGUAAUAUCGACUGGAAUGUCUAAUCCGACGAUGUCGACAAGUGCCUUGAAUAACGCACUGUUGAAGAGUGUCACGCUGGUUAAUCGGAAUUUCAGUGAUAAUAAACCUACAGGACCAAUUACGCUCUCGGUGGAUGCAUCAGGCAACUUGUUUAUAAAGACAAGCCAACCCAGUGAGCCAGCCAAUGAGCCAAACAGACUUCACUACGUGCAGUUACAACGGCUUUACGUACCUUCAUUUACUACUGAAGUGGAAUCAAAUCAAAAUCAGACGCAAACCCAAACAGUCCAGAGUGCUCCUCCAUCUGUUAUAGUGUCACAGAGCAAUAACAACGUUAACAAUAACAAUGUGAACAACAACGCACCACAGAGCAAACCAACUGAAUGGGAUAAUGUGGAGGAAACUCGUCCUUUCCCUCUCGCACCUACUCCAGCGCAAUUGGGACGCGCGCCAUUACAAAAGAGACUCAGUCGAGGCACUUCAACGGGUUCAACAGGUAGCGUCGACCAGAGUGUACCGCGGUCAGAGAGUAACUCCACCCCCUUUGAUACGCAAGAGCUGAUACAAUCGCCCAAGAAACUCGAGAACUUGCCCAGUCCAUUGCUGAAGAAAACCCUGUUUAAGAAAGGCAAUGAGGAUGGAAGAGAUAAGGUGCUAGAGACAGUUAACUUUGAAGCCAAGUUCAGUACGUUACCACAGUUCAAACCCGAUGCCUGCAGUCCCAGUGGUAUGGUUGUACCACGAAGUCCACAGCUAUAUCUCAGGAAGAAACAUAAAAUGGAUGACGAGACAACCGUUGUGACGCCUCAAAUAGAAGCGGAGGUGCUUAAUGGAAAUGGAAUCCCGACUCCCCAUUCGUACGGCACACCACACACCACCACUAAACUAGUGGGGAACACUUUCUUCGGGCCCGACUUCAACAUUGACACUUUUAGAGUGUCAGAGAGUAUGGAAGAAAUGUCUCCCCGUACACCGUGUUCUGCACCUGGAUCUGCUGCGUGUUCGGGUGCGAGAGGAGAAGCUGGACACAGAAGAGUAUUGGAACAGAGGCGACAUCUAGUGCUCAAACUGUUUCAGGAACACGGCAUGUUCCCUACUACGCAGGCCACUACUAGUUUUCAGGCGGCCCACACAGACAUAUUCCCGACCAAGAUGUCCUUGCAGUUAAAGAUUCGCGAGGUGCGACAGAAACUGAUGGCCCAGUCAAAUCUCACUCCGCACUCGGACGUCAACACGCCUACUAACAUUAACUCUCCGCUCGUAUCCAGCACUCUGCAGCCGACGUCAACGGCCAGUUAGCGAUGCGGUUACACACUCUCCAUUGUGGUGCGUCAUUGAAUUGCAAGAUGUUUGACCAUACCAGAUAAGGAAUGUUUUUGGUUCGGUAUUGUUAUGAAGAGGAUAGACUAAUUUUAUUUGAAGCUCAGAAGUUGUGGUCAAUCGUUUCCUUCUAGAACUUAUUAUUACUUCUGUCGUUGCACUGGUUUAUAGUCAACUAAGGUCCAUGCAAUUCUAAAUCGUAUUUCGACUCAAUAUCGUAUUGAAUCGCUGUCAAAUUUGAUACAGAAAAAAUGGUUUGGCAGCUCUUGAAUUAAAGUUUGACGUUCCUACGGGCCUAAAUGUUAUAAAUUAGAUUUUUUUUUCAUAUGAACCUGUGUACAUAUCAGCUCUUUCAAAGAAUAUGUAUGUAUAGUCUAUUCUCUAUAAUCUGUGAUGAUUUGAAAGUACAGGAAAUUGGAUUCUAAUAGAAGCGAUACGCAACAGUAAAAAUCACGAAUCAGUAUAAGAUUUAUAAGUUCGUACUGCAAUGGAGCUAUUUUCAAUUGAUACUUGUGGUAUGCAUUUAAAUGAUGCAAUUGGUUAUUAAGUAACCGAAUAAUUAGGUUAAGAAAAAAAUACAAAAAUAAAUAAAAAAUGUUAAGUGCGUGAGUGUUAUGGUACGCGGUUGUGUUAUUCACAGUUUUAAAAUAUGCACUUUUCUCUAAUUCAUUCGGAUACAGCUUCAUACAGAUAUUUUUACUCUAAGCACCUCUCAGAUUUAAGCAGAUUCUUAACUAAUUAAGUCCGAUUUAGCAGGCACUAAUGAAAAUAGGUUGAGUAGGUGGGAGGUGAUAACAAUUGUUAAAUGUGGGUAAAUUGUUUACCAAUUGCGAAUUAUAUGAAACAUAAAAUACGAUUUAUAUAUGUAUUCAUAUAGUUAUCAUAUACUCAAACGUGCACGAUCUCAAUGUUUAUUGUAUUUCGUUGGAAAUAUUUGUAUAAAACAUAUGUAUAGUACAUGUAGUUAAGGGAAUGAAGGAUGUAUAUCCUUAACAUUUGGCUCUUCGUCAAAUUUCUGUCUGAAUAUGCAAGGGUCAAUAAAUCAGAGGUAUUUAAAGUCCUCCCCCUUCUAGGAUUUCAAGGAGAGUUUUAAGCUCUGAGUUUUAUUGGUAUUUGUGUCUUUAGACAUGGUUAAAUUCAGAGAAGUGUGAACUAACACGGAGUGUUCAAUAUCACUUAGUUCACACCAAGGUUUUAAUUCAGAGUCGAGACUCCCUAGAGACUAUUCAGAGAAAUAGGACACCUGUAUGAAAAAAUCCAUUAAGUUUUAGACAAUAUAACUCAGCCAGUCUCGACUUUGAGUCUAAUUCUUAAACUGUCUUAAAUCACAAUCUACAAGAGUACCAAAUGUUAUUUGCAAUACGGACUGUGUAUAAUGCCCCAUUCAACGUCUCGUUUAACUAACUUUAUUUAAAACUACAAAUAGUCAAAGGAAACCUAUUAUAUUGCUUAAGAAAUAACCACACUGAAUUCUUAAAUACAACAUCUUAAUGUUUAAAGAAAUAUUAAUUCUGAUGACUCGAAUGGGGCGAAAUUUGGUGCAAACAAUCGUUUAGGCAUUAAUCUUUAUAAUUUUCUAUUUUAUGUUGUGAUGUUCGUCUUCCACGCGUUUGAAAAAAAAAAAUCAUUUUAUAAAAUGAAUAUCUACUUAUUUAAAUCUUUAUGUACAGUGGUUUAAGUGGCAAGUGGUCGAUUAGUUGCCAUGUAAUAUAAGUUUUUUAUUUAGUGGUGCUUAUGUUAUAGCAACGUACAGAGCGACAUUUGUUUAAUAAAAGCUAAGUUUAGUUUUGAAUGAUGCUUAAGUUAAUGUCGCUCCAAAUUUUGCUAAAGCUUAGCUGAUUACGAAAAAAAUAAUUUAGGAAUAUGAAUGUUACAUAACAACUUAAAUUUUCUGAAAUAUUUUUUAUUUAUAUGAUUUAUUAUCUUGCUUAACCUUUGUAGAUUUGGCUGUUAUUUUUAUAGUUUUAGAGAUAUAUAAUUAUGGACAUUUCACAGAAUCAGCUCAAAUCAUUAAUGAUAGCUAAAUCAAUAUUUAUACAAUCUCACUGUAAAUAUUAAUGAAAUUUUAACUUAGCCUUAAGUAUUCCUGGCUCUCAAAGUAAUUAGGGUUUUUAUUUAGAAUGCUAAUUUUAGAUGAGAUAUAUUAUUUAUACUCGAGAAAUUUUCGGCCAAUACAAAUGUUUAUAUGAAAAAAAAACGUAUUUUUAAAAUGAUCUCUUUCGAGUUAGAAUAAUUGCUUUAGGAGUCCGGAAGUGGAGAGAAUUUAUUAAAUCUAUAAUGUAAGAGAAUAUUUUCGCACUGUUAAAUCUUAUCUUUAUAGGUGUAUGUAAAAUGUGAACUUAACGACUUAACAGAGAUCCGAAUCUAAACGAGAUGCGGUUGAAUUGUCUUAGAGCAAAAAUAAAUUAAACAUUGAUAAUCCAAACGAUCUGGCAUAAAGAGCUGAUCAUGCUUGUGAACAAAAAUGAUUAAUGAAAUAGCUAUAUCUGACGGUAAGACCAAUGUGGUUUAUAAAAACAACAAUGAAUUAUUUAAUUUAAACAAUCGCAAAAUAAGACAAUUCAACUGUUUGUUCGAUCUGAAGCUAUUCGAAAAUAGACGAAGCAAAAUGAUUAAUAUAGUCAAUUUAUUGUUGGUGUAAAUGUGUGUAGCAGUUGUUACCAUACAGUCCCCUCCAAAUCCAAAUUAUGUGUGAUUGUAGAAUGUGUGUUAUAAUAGAGCAGCAUCUUCAACUUUAUGUUUUAUUUCCGACCAUGUUUAUCUGUCCCGGUAAAAGAUGCAAUUUAUUAACCACAUAAUUAUGUGAUACCAUCUUGUCUUUUUUCGAGGGUAUUUAACAAUAGCUGACAUGAGUAAUUAUUUACAAUAGAUAUUAACUAUAUACUUAUCAGUAGAUAAUUCCAUUUUUCAUGACUAGAUUAAUUACAUAUUCUAAUUGCCUCUUAUAUUUCCAUAUUAUACACAUGUUUCAGAUGGGAUAUAAGAAUUUGGGAUUUAUCAAAUAUUUUUUAUUAUUCAAUAGCAUCCUUUUAACUACAAUUGGCCUAAUUAUAUUAAACUUAUUUUAAUGAUGUGGAACUAUAAGAGGUAAUAAAGAAAGGAUUAUAAUAGAAUAAUUAUUAUACCAUAACAGAUAGGAAAAUUAAAUAUUGUGAUUAUAUUUGUCAUAUCCACAAAUUACCCUAUUACAUUUUAUGUUUUACUUGCACUUUAGUGAAAUAUAAUUUCAUCUAGUUUAAAGGCCUUGUCAAAUCUUAGAAAUAAUGUCAAAUCAUUAUUUUCAUCAGGAACUUAUUUCAUUCAAAACCGGGUACAUUAAAUCAAUUGCACAUUUUGACAAGACCUCGAAAUUAGGAGUUUAUAUUGAUGUUUCAAUUUGCUUACACAGUCCACUUUUUGUUUGUCCGUUUCUAACUUUGAAUGUAUUUUGUGUUGUCAAUAACAAAUAUGAAAAUCUUGAUGCUGCAUAUUACUAGUGCCUUAUUGACUCUCAGAACUUAGAAUAGUGUACAAAACAUUUGCGCCAUAUACAAACCUAGGCUUUGUUAGUCAAUAUGGUUAAUAAGCAGUUUCUUUUUAGACUGAUUUUACUUUGUUGCAUAUAACGUUGUAAUGUUAUACUUUUAAGGUAUAGAUAUAAUUUUGAAAAAAACAUUUUAAAUGGAAGCAUUUCAUAUUCGUUAUUUAUUUCUUCUAAAUAAGCUAUUAGUAUAAUUGUUUAGUCAGAAUGGUGUACUUUGUAAAUAACUUAUUUAGAUCAGUUUAUUUUAGAUUUAAGUGUUUCAAUUUAAUGUAAAUUAGAUUGCAUUAGAUAAACCUAAAAUCAGAAACAUUGUAGGGGAGUUUUUUAAUUAAUCCAGUUUAUGGACCAAUAAUCUUUGUAAUGGAAGUGAAGACAUCAAAAACAAAUUUAUAGACAAAACAGAUACUGGACAUACUGUUCAAGCAUAUUGGAUCAUUGUAUGAACUUAUGUUUAAACAUAAAAACUAAAAAACA